AUGCGUUGUGCCCACUCCACGCACGACCAAUCGUUGGGUGACAGAGUGUUCGGAAGCAUGUCGGAGCAGCCAGAGAACACCAGCUACGAGCAGGAGUGCCAACGGGCGGAGCUGCUGGGCCUCCAGCCGCCGAAUCCCGAGGAAUUCGAGCGCAAGCGGCAGGCGAGAUUGGAGCACGAGUUGGCCGAGCAGGAGGCCGCCGAGGCGGUGCUGUUGGAGCAACAAGACGAGAGCCUGGGCAAUGUGGGUGGCAAGCUGGGCGAGCUCAAUAGCAUCCUGUCCAGCACGCAGCAGAAGCUGAAUCGCUUCAAGCAAACGGCCUGUGGCAGUCUGACCAACAUCUUUGCCCGUGGCAGCUCGGGCUCGGUGGAUCUAUCGGCGGGCAUUGGCAGAUCGGGCUCAAUCGCCAGCCAGGAGGAGCGUCCUCCUGUCCAGGAACAGCCGCUGGCCAAGCCACCGCCGACGGCUGCCGAGGUUAGCGCCGCCAAGGCGGCCAAGCAGAAGCGCAUGGACUCGCAGCUGGACAAGCUGGAUGCGCUGAUCAACCAGGCGGACAACGCUCAGAUAGCCAUGAGUGAGCAGACCCAGCAGAUGCGUCGCCUGGCCAAGUGAAGUGCCCCCAUCGAGCAGGUGAUGCCCAUCCAUUGCCAAUC